AUGACCUUGUAUCGGACGUUAAACCAGAAACCACAAGAAGCGUCUACUAAUCUAUCUAUCUAUCUAUCUAUCUAUUUAUCUAUCUAUCCCAGUCUGUCCAAACCUAUUUAUCUUAGCCUGUCCAGAUCUAUCUAUCUAUCUAUCUAUCUAUCUAUCUAUCCCAGUCUGUCCAAACCUAUUUAUCUUAGCCUGUCCAGAUCUAUCUAUCUAUCUAUCUAUCUAUCUAUCUAUCCCAGUCUGUCCAAACCUAUUUAUCUUAGCCUGUCCAGAUCUAUCUAUCUAUCUAUCUAUCUAUCUAUCUAUCUAUCUAUCCCAGUCUAUCUAUCUAUCUAUCUAUCUAUCUAUCUAUCUAUCUAUCCCAGUCCGUCCAAACCUAUUUAUCUUAGCCUGUCCAGAUCUAUCUAUCUAUCUAUCUAUCUAUCCCAAUCUAUCUAUCUAUCUAUCCCAGUCCGUCCAAACCUAUUUAUCUUAGCCUGUCCAGAUCUAUCUAUCUAUCUAUCCCAGUCCGUCCAAACUAUUUAUCCCAAUCUAUCUAUCUAUCUAUCUAUCUAUCUAUCUAUCUAUCCCAGUCCGUCCAAACCUAUUUAUCUUAGCCUGUCCAGAUCUAUCUAUCUAUCUAUCUAUCCCAGUCCGUCCAAACCUAUUUAUCUUAGCCUGUCCAGAUCUAUCUAUCUAUCUAUCCCAGUCCGUCCAAACCUAUUUAUCUUAGCCUGUCCAGAUCUAUCUAUCUAUCUAUCUAUCCUAGUCCGUCCAAACCUAUUUAUCUUAGCCUGUCCAGAUCUAUCUAUCUAUCCCAGUCCGUCCAAACCUAUUUAUCUUAGCCUGUCCAGAUCUAUCUAUCUAUCUAUCCCAGUCCGUCCAAACCUAUUUAUCUUAGCCUGUCCAGAUCUAUCUAUCUAUCCCAGUCCGUCCAAACCUAUUUAUCUUAGCCUGUCCAGAUCUAUCUAUCUAUCUAUCUAUCUAUCUAUCCCAGUCCGUCCAAACCUAUUUAUCUUAGCCUGUCCAGAUCUAUCUAUCUAUCUAUCUAUCUAUCUAUCUAUCCCAGUCCCAUUAUCCUCCAAAAAUACUUUGGCCGACAGUUUUUACACACUCUUUCUAUCUAUCUAUCUAUCUAUCUAUCUAUCUGUCUUCUGUUUUUUUUUUAUUAUUAUUAAUCAGUGA